GAUGUCCCAACGACUCAACGCAAACUACAGGGGGGUGUGAGAUACAUCGUGAAUUUUGCCCCAGAACUCAGGGAAAUGAUUUCUGAGGCAUACCACCUUGAGUUACAGGACCAUGCUCUGCCUGAUCUGGCUAAAAUUAUUGCUCUACAAGAGGACAAAUUUAUCAGGUACGUCAAUGAUCUGAGGAAGAUGAUCAACCGCUACCACUCUGUCAUGGACAGCCUGAGUGAUGCACAGUCCAUUAUGUUGGAACAACAUAUCACAGCGGUCGAAGAAGAGAUGCAAUUUGGAUGCAAAAGACUCAACUGGACAUCUUUGGGCAUCAACGGCUUCAUCAAACGUGGCUCUCAGUCUGUGUCGAAGUUUGAAUCAGUUGUCAAUCAGAUUCAGAUGAAUGAGAAGGAGAUUGAGUCCAAGUUGCAAGUCAUAGGGAUGGCCAGUUUGCUGAAGUUUUCCGUCCCAGAUAACGACUUACCAGGUGUCAAAGACUUCUUUGAACGUAUUGAGCGCGACCAAACCAAGACAGUGAAUUUGCUGAGUAGGAUGUAUGCAGACAUCGGACCCCUCAUCACUAAGACGGAACAUUUGCUCCUGGGAACGAGCAGUGGCAAUGCCAAAUGUAUGGCAGGUUACUACAAGUACUGGGAACGCAAAGUGCUAGACUCCCUUACAAAGAUGGUGCUGAGGAAUCUCCAGUCCUUUAACGUGGUGCUGAUGGGAAGUACCGCUCUUUUCCAAAUUGAUGCCAUUCUGCCUGCCCCUAAGAUUGUGACGCAGCCCCAAAGCAAAGAGAUCUACUUGCUGAUGAAGAAAUGUCUUAAAGACUGUAUCGAGAGCACAAAG